UACAAAGCAUACUGCUCUCUCGUUCUAGUUUCUCUUCGUAGAAGAUUCUAAAAUCUGCAAUCAUGAGCUCUGCAGCCAUAUCAUCCAAGGGAGGCCGAGUCCGAGGCAAGUCAGUUUCCAAAGCCGUUUCUAGGUCCAGUAAAGCUGGUCUCCAGUUCCCCGUCGGCCGCAUCGCUCGUUUCCUCAAGAAAGGACGCUACGCCGAGCGCGUUGGAUCUGGCUCCCCCGUUUAUCUUUCGGCUGUUCUCGAAUAUCUCGCCGCUGAGGUUUUGGAAUUGGCUGGAAAUGCUGCGAGAGACAACAAGAAGAAUAGGAUUAUUCCAAGGCAUAUUCAAUUGGCUGUGAGGAACGACGAAGAAUUGAGCAGGCUGAUGGGAGGUGUGACUAUUGCAAAUGGCGGUGUUUUGCCUAAUAUCAAUCAGACUCUACUGCCAAAGAAGGUUGGGAAAGGAAAAGGCCAGAUCGGCUCUAUUUCUCAGGAAUUUUAGGGAAUUCUUUUUGGUUUUGUAGAUAGCAUGUACUGGAAUUUGAGGUAUGCACUUGCUAAUGUAUUUCAGAGUAAUGAAAUUUUA